UCCUCUCUCGCGAGAUUCUGCGACGUGUUUGUUUUCUGUUUCGAUUCUGCUGCUGAUACAGUGACAAGCUAAGAUUGUUUAGCCUUUAAAGACCGAACUGCUUCAAGCUUUUUUUUACUUUAAGGUCUUGAAGACGGCCAACAAAGUGUAGCCUUUCCGUCGGAAGCUCAUACAAAUUCAGCAAAUUCAGUUCAGCGUGGCUUUGCGUGUUUGUCUAGGCAGACGCGUUCAUAGGUUUUCACCACUGAAUCCUGUCAGCAAACAGGAUCUCAACGCAUUGCUGCUAAUGUCGUCUGAAAGUCGAGCACCGUCUUCCUCUCAUGGAAAACAGAUGGCAGAAGACAAGUGGAGACUGAAGCACGUAACCGGAGACCUGUUUUCCUGCCCGGUGGACGAAGCCCUGGCCCACUGCAUCAGCGAGGACUGCCGCAUGGGGGCAGGGAUAGCGGUGAUGUUUAGGAAGAAGUUCCGCGGGGUGGCGGACUUAAAGCAGCAAAAGAAGCUGCCAGGACAGUGUGCUGUCCUGAAACAGGAUGGGCGUUUCAUCUACUAUCUGAUCACGAAGAAAAAAGCCAGCCAGAAGCCCACGUAUGACAACCUGAGACGGAGUCUGGAAGACAUGAAGUCUCACUGCUUAGAGAAUGGUGUAAAGAAGAUAUCAAUGCCUCGUAUCGGGUGUGGCCUGGACCGACUUCAGUGGUCAAAUGUCUCAGAGAUCCUGAGACAGAUCUUCAAACACACGGACAUCUCCAUCACAGUGUACAGCCUGCCCCGGAAAAUAGAGACAACAGUGAUGGAGGAAAAUAUGCGUAGAUGAUUCAUGGUUGUGUUUUGUUAUUGGCAGUGUUCACUGUAUGCACUUUUCUGUGUAAUUCCCGCAGUAUGAAGCCAAGACUUUUUCUAGUUUUAAAGGCAGUUAUGUAAUGAGUAAAUUGCAAAUAAAUGUUUUUAUUUUACAAAUCAGUUUUACUUUAAAGAAGCUCCUCAAAGAUAUGAUACCAGAUACUUCAGCAAUAUGGUUAAUGGAAAACUACAAUUGUCGGUUUUCUGCUCUCAGCGUGACUUCUUCUUGAGUGAAUUUAGAUUUUAUCACCAAAUUAAGAUUUAAGAGACAUUUUAGCACACCACACUACUGGGUUUUAUAACACAACUCCAGUGAGGCACUUUUGAAGUGUUUCUAAUUUAUUUACAUAGAUUCUAAAAUAACCAUAAUUCUGUUUCUCAUUGAAUUACCAAUAGUCAUUCAAAGAAAACCCAACUCAAAAACAAGUGGUGUCUUGCUUAUUUAUUAGAAAUCUAAUAUCUUUGAUUAAUCAGUAUGGCAACCCUUGCUUACAGGUUUUGUGUAAACCACUGUUGGCAUAAAUGACAGUUUAUCAAGUAUGCAUGAGAAAUUCUCUGUGAAUCAAGCAUCAAUUCUCUUUGAGAUUCUUGUAUAUUCUAGCCAGAAAAACCCUUUUAAGUUCAGUAAGACUGAAAGGACUUUACGUUUCUGGGUUUACCUCUCUUAUGCUCCAUUAUACCAAAUACUAUGCAUAUCCAUUACUUUUGAGACCUCUGUUUUUAUAUCAGACAGUGCCUUCGUUUCUCAAAGUGCAACUAACCUAUUGCCAUAAAGGGAACAUGUUUUAGAGCCAUACCAUUUUUACACGUAGCUGUGUGGUUUCUAAUGUUUUGUUCAGCUCCUUUCAUACAAACAAGUGUAAAAAAAGUGCUUUUACAGAAGUCUAAAACAGAUCACUUGAAAUUAAGCCAAGUUAAAGUGAAAUAAAUAGUUGGAACAAUUAAAAUAUCUUUGCGGCUGAAGAAAUAAUGAAACGCUAACCGUGUGGUGAGGGGGGAAAAAAGGAAAUAAGUAUAAAAGUGAUAGUUCUAAACUCCUUAACAGUGAACUUGGUAAAAUUAUUAAAUAAAAUAUGAAUAAAUGAUAAUUUACCUUCACCUAAAAAAACAAAAGCAAGAUUAUAAUUUAAGGAUUUUGGCUUGCAUUAAGAAAAAUAUUAACGCUCGGCUGGCUCCACGACUUUAGAAAGGCUGAUCCAGAAGAUAGAAAAGGAUGUUGGCUCGCUGCAAGUUUUAGUUUUUCCCUCAGCUACAAACAGAAAGCCCUUUCUAGAAGAUCUAAAGGAUCUGAAGGGCUUGUCCAAAAAAAGCAAAUCUAAAAAACCGGUAGAACUAAGACCUAUGUUAGCUUUAAAAACAAAUAAAUCCAAACCCUAAAAUCAAUUACAAAGCAAAUGUGGAGACAGAUGUGUUAUGUAAGCUCACUUUGUGGUCCUUAUUGGAACUCUUGCAGCUGAUUUAUAAAGCAAAGGUCAUAGAAAGGCUGAUGUUGCUGAUUUAAAUGUUCUACAUUGAGGAAAAAGGGUUAAACUCUGGUAAUGUUUGUCAUGUAACACAAUCUAUUGUAACACUUAAUAAAGUACUGUAAUACAAAAUA